AUGGGACCAUCUGAAAGACCCUGCACUGUCUGGAUGCACAAGGAGGCAGAGAUGAGAAUUUGUCCCCAGCAGGAUGAGAAGACUAGGGGGUGGAGGCAGGGAGAUAGAAGCACUGCCCCUUCCCCCCUCUCCCCAGUCCUGUCCUUCCUUCUCCUUCUGCCACUGGCCAGCGCCCUACAGCCCACUGCACUGCCCUUUCCAGAGCUGAGGCUGGUGGGGGGCCCAAGCCGCUGCCGAGGGCGCCUGGAGGUCCUGCAUGGAGGCUCCUGGGGCAGCGUCUGCGAUGAUGACUGGGACGUGGUAGAUGCAAAUGUGGUGUGUCGUCAGCUGGGCUGCGGUCUGGCACUGCCCGUGCCACAGCCCCUCGCCUUUGGCCAGGGCCGAGGCCCCAUCCUACUGGACAACGUGGAGUGCCGUGGGCAGGAAGCUGCACUAAGCGAGUGUGGCAGCCGGGGCUGGGGUGUCCACAAUUGCUUUCACUACGAGGAUGUGGCCGUCCUGUGCGAUGAAUUCUUGCCCACACGGCCCCCGACUAGGAAGGUUUUAACCAGCAGAACGCCCCCUAUGACUCCUCAGAAUGUGAAAGGUGAGGGCAGCGUGCGCCUGGUGGGGGGCGCGAACCCAUGUCAGGGCCGUGUGGAGAUCUUGCACGGCAGCCUGUGGGGCACCGUUUGCGACGACGACUGGGGGCUGCCGGAUGCCGCAGUGGUCUGCCGUCAGCUGGGCUGCGGAGCGGCCUUGGCCGCUACUACCAACGCGUUCUUCGGCUUUGGCACCGGGCACAUCCUGUUGGACAACGUGCACUGCGAGGGCAGCGAGCCCCACCUGGCAGCCUGCCUGAGCCUGGGAUGGGGUGUGCACAACUGCGGCCACCACGAGGACGCAGGCGUGCUCUGCGCAGCCCUGGGUCCCCCAACUCUCACAGCACUGCCACCCUCAGCCACAAGAGAGGACUGGGCCUGGCACUCAGAGCCAGCAGCUACAAGAGUUGGCGCCCACCCUUCCCGGGAGACUGCAGUGCUCACCACAGUCACCUGGGCGGCGGGAAAGAAAAGUGGGCGGCUGCGGCUGGUGGGCGGCCCGGGUCCAUGCCGUGGCCGCGUGGAGGUACUGCACGCCGGGGGCUGGGGCACCGUGUGCGACGAUGACUGGGACUUCGCGGACGCGCGCGUGGCGUGCCGCGAAGCGGGUUGUGGGCCCGCGCUCGGCGCCACGGGCCUCGGCCACUUCGGCUAUGGUCGCGGCCCUGUGCUUCUGGACAACGUGGGCUGUGCUGGUACCGAGGCCCGCCUCAGCGACUGCUUCCACCUGGGCUGGGGCCAGCACAACUGCGGCCACCACGAGGACGCGGGCGCGCUCUGCGCAGGCCCAGAAGAGCUGGGACUGCAAGCCCAGCAAGAUGGUUCUGAGACCACCCGAGUGUCCACUCCUCGGCCCAGGGAUGGGCACCUACGCCUGGCAAAUGGAGCCCAUCGAUGUGAGGGUCGUGUAGAGCUCUUCUUAGGGCAACGAUGGGGCACUGUCUGCGAUGAUGCUUGGGAUCUGCGGGCAGCUGGUGUCCUGUGCAAACAGCUGGGCUGUGGCCGGGCCCUGGCAGCCCCUGGCGAGGCCCACUUUGGCCCAGGCCAAGGUCCUAUCCUUCUGGACAACGUUAAGUGCCGUGGUGACGAGAGUACUUUAUUGCUCUGCUCUCAUAUUCGCUGGGAUGCCCACAACUGUGACCACAGCGAAGAUGCCAGUGUCCUGUGCCGGCCAUCAUGACCCAGCCUACUGUGCAGACCACUUCUUUUUUGGGAGCCUACUGUGACCUGCUCUUCCUCCUGGUGUGACUACUGCAGCUCACUUUGCCCCUCCCUCCCCUUGCCUGGGAGAGAGCCUGCCCAGUGUAGUCCUGUGUGGGAUAGCCUGGCUGUAUCCCCUUCGACCUAUUGUGUGACCUCAGCCUGUCAUCAGCUAUCCUGGGCCCAAUUCAAUGAAAGCUCCCAUGUUUUACUACACCAAAACAACAAUGCGGGGAAGGAAAAAUGACUUGUAACUCUUCUCUUUGUUGGGGGCUCCUGUUACAGCAGCCCUGACACUGCCUUCCUUGACCCAGUCCCAGGAGGCUCAGGGGCUCUUUGUAAAUGGAGUAUCUCCCUUGCCCUAGCUCAUCUUGGGAUCCCCAAGAAAGAAGGCAGGAGGGGAUUACAACUUUUACCUUAGGCUCCCAGGAGCUGCAGAAAAACCUAGGUCAUUUCCUUGCCUUGCUCCAAGAAGGCCUGGUCUCAGAUGGUGCUCGGCUGGACAAGGGGACUGGAGGGGCCAA